CUCCUCGGCCUACCUAUUCGGAUUGCGGUCCGUUUGUUCUCUCGCUGAUCGACGGGUGGAUUAGGUAAAGAAACAAUCAGUAGUUCUUGAUGCCCCUCAUUUCUCGUUCGUUUUCUUCUAUCUUUGCUCCGGUUUCGAGCGGCCGCGAGCUACGUUUUUCGUGAGAUCUGGGCCUUUUCAUCCCUCUCUUGGUGCCUGUGGCUGUAAUUUCAAACAAGGCUAGGACUUUUGCGUGUUUUUUAAAGGAGUUUUUGGCUGAUUUUUGGAUAUUUCAAGCAUUUUCGCUCUUCUCUUUGAAAUUUUGGGAUCUUAUUGUUCUAUUUUGUGGUUGCCUUGAAGCUCUUCCUGUGGAACGUUGCUGCUUUUUGGAUUGGAGCUUCUCUCCUUUCUAUUUUCGUUCCAGAUCCGUUUCAGAAUCCUGUAUUGUUCGUGAUUUGGUGUCUCUGCUAAGAGCUUUUGACCUUUGUGUAUGUGCAGGCGUUGCGAUCGUAGAUCUCGAAGAUAUUUAGGCAAAGAUGAACCACUGCGCGAUGCAGCAGAACGCUUUCGCCGCCGCCUGCGAGGAGAUGAGGGCACCUUUCGCCUUCGUUGACCGGAAGGCCCCUAUCUUCUGCCCCAGGCCCCGCCGGUUCAGCCCGCUCGCCGCCGUCGUCGAUCCAGUCCGACCCGUCCGGUGGCAAUCGAGUCACCAGUCGGAUUUCUCCGAUUCGAACGCCGGGCCGGACCCUCUCGAUAUAUUUCUCGCAAAGGAUGAAGAACUGGACCAAUUAGCUACGUCACCGCCAUUUUUCUGCGGCUCGCCACCCAGCCGCGCUGCCAACCCGGUGGUCCACGACGCCCGGUUCGGCGAGAACCACCCGCCGGCACUUUUUGCCCCUUUACCACUAACCCUAUCCGGCCCACCCAUGUCUCCCAAGCAAGGCUGUGCCCACGACAAGUUCGGCGUCUUGCCGGCCACCGUGCGGGUUGAGGGUUUUGAUUGCCUCAACCGCGACGGUCGGAGCUGCAGCGGCAUCGCUGCUGUGGCCUAAACAGCCCUGCGCGUACCCACCCCCCAAGCGUCCCGAGCUUUCUUUUUGGGCCGCUGUGGGAGCAAAGAGGAAAGAGGAAACAAAACUCGACACAAAGAGGAGAGUCAGACAACCCACAAUUAGGUGCUAAGCAUAGCAACAAAACAAAAGCUUUGAGGUAAUUUGGAAGGCCUUGCAGCGUUCGAUGUAAUUGUACAUUUUUCUAGUACCAAUCUUUUGUGUAUGUAAUCUAAAGGUUUCAUGUGGAUACGAGAUGAGUGAUGGGAAGAAACAGAGAGAGAGAGAGAGAGAGAGGUUGAAGCCAAUCUUGUGAUGUUUUGUUUUUUUAUCCAUAUAUUGGAUUUUAGGUAUUGAUAGAAGUAGUGGCUUUUUAUCUGUAUAAAAAUUGUAGCAGGUUGGGUCACUCAUCGGUCAUGAAAUGUGUAUAUAAUCCUCAUGUUAAAUUAGUAUGUUGGAGUUAUGUUAUGUAAUCCUCUUGUAUUAGUGAAGCUGAUGGCGGAUGGAGUUUGUUGUG